AUGGAUAUUAGACUCUUACAUCCUUCGGAUAUUCCACAUGUUCAACAUGCAAAUAUAACCAAUCUUCCCGAAAAUUACUUCCUAAAAUACUACCUCUACCACGCAAUCUCCUGGCCACAACUCUCCUACGUCGCAGUAGACGUCUCGCGGCCGCCCAAAACCCCCUACGAUUAUCCCCGCAUCGUCGGCUAUGUGCUUGCGAAAAUGGAGGAGGAUCCGCAGGAUGGCGUGCAGCAUGGUCAUAUUACGAGUUUGAGCGUUAUGCGCACGCAUCGGAGGUUGGGGAUUGCGGAGAAAUUGAUGAGGCAGAGUCAAAAAGCAAUGGUAGAAACCUUCUCCGCUCAAUACGUCUCCCUGCACGUCCGCGUCUCCAACCAAGCAGCCCUCCGUCUCUACCGCGACACUCUCGGUUUCCAGACUGAAAAAAUCGAAGCAAAAUAUUAUGCGGAUGGUGAAGAUGCGUACUCCAUGAAUUUGGAUUUAUCGUAUAUUCGCGAACAGAUUUUAGAUGAGGUGGAUGAAGAUGAGGGGGAGGCGGUGGGAAGUGCGGGGAGUAAGAAGGAUGUUCAGGCGAUGUUGGAGGAGGGGAAGGAUGGAGCGGGGGAGAAGGGAGAGAAGAAGAGAAAGGUUAAGGUUGGGCGUGGUUUGGGGGUCGGGGAGUUGGUGGAGAAGAAUGAGGUUUUGCCUGUUAGGGAGGGGAAGUGA